UUAAGGUCCCCCCACCGAGUGGGAGAUAUAGAGUAAGCAGGAUCCAUGUCGGAUUGAUUUUUGAAAAUCUGAAGCAAAAAUUAACCUUAAAAUUGAAUAUUAAUGAUUAAAAAUUGUUACUAUAUUGUAUUUAAAUAGUUUAUGUACAGGAUUGUGAAAAAAAAUUGUGGAAAUAUAACUUAGUUUUUGUGUGAUAGGUGGAAAUUGAUAAAGCACCCAGUAAAAUUCCUGUCUGGGCAGCCAUUAUCAGAAAAAAAGAAACUUUAAGUAACAUUUUAUAGACCUGGUGUGGACAGCACUGCUAAGGGAUAGAUGAGGAAGUGAUUUUUUACCAUUUUGAAGUGAUUUAAAGGAAAUAUUUACACUUAAAGAACUUAGAUAUUUAUACUUGGACUCAACAAGCUUCAUAUAGACAUACCAGCAGAUUUCAACAUGUUGGACUUUAUUUUUACAUCAUUUCUUACGUCUGAGGUGAUGACUUACCCAUCAAACUGGGUCGAGACGGUGGCUUAUAAUCCUUCCCUUCUCUACAGCACCCUUAUUGUAGCCAUACUACUUACAAAAGGCUAUGGUAGGCAUAUGGCAAUGGCAGUUGGCAGAAAAAUGCUUCACGAGCCAAGCAGGAAGGUUUGGCGCACCAUCAGAGCUAUUAAACCCCGCCAGAUUGUGUACUACGGUCUGCGGUGGGGCAUUCCACUCCAUCAGCUGAAGGAACUUCUUCUCCUACAUCGUAACCUCGUCAAAAAAAGACCGUUUAAAGGAGCACAGCGCUGCUCACAGAAGGACAAAAAAGACAAGAAACUAUCAUUUAGGAGGAAAAGUCUAAAUUCAACAGUCACGUUGUAUCGUAAGAUGCCCUUGAAGUCAGUGUCUAGGGUAUGGGGCAAGAUGACAUGCUGGGAGCUCCCAAUGACGCUGCGUGAACCACUUCUUGGUCUGUAUUGUUGGAUGUUUGGCGUUCAACUUCACGAAGCAGAAGAUGACAACUUGAAGAACUAUAAUAGUCUGAAUGAGUUAUUUCGUCGAAAACUGAAACCGAACGUUAGGAUUGUUGAUCAUGCAGCGCCUGUGACUAGUCCUGCUGAUGGUAGAAUUCUGCACUUUGGUAAAGUUGAAGAUGGUGUUGUUGAACAAGUGAAGGGAGUUAACUACACUGUUCAAGGUUUCCUUGGUCCCCAGCCAGGAGAUGAAGAAAAAACCAAACCAAUUAAGGACACUGAGUACCAGGCAAAGAUGAAAAUUAAGGAGGGAUAUGAUCUAUAUAAUUGCAUCAUAUAUCUGGCUCCAGGCGACUACCAUAGAUUCCACUCUGCAAGUGAUUGGAAAAUUCAUCAUAGAAGACAUUUCCCAGGUGAACUUCUGAGUGUUAAUCCAAGUAUUGCAAGAUGGGUGCAGGGCCUGUUCAACAUGAAUGAACGAGCAGUCUAUUCCGGGACUUGGGAGCAUGGUUACUUUUCAUACACUGCUGUAGGUGCUACAAAUGUUGGAUCAAUCAAGAUUUAUUUUGAUGAGAAUUUGGAGACAAACAUCGGAGCAUCACAUCCAAACCAUGUUUAUCAUGACCGAUCGUUUGGUAACCCAGAUACUCCAGAAAAUAUCAAUUUAAAAAAGGGAGAGAUGGUAGGAGAGUUCAAUCUUGGCUCAACAGUUGUGCUCUUGUUCGAAGCUCCUAGUAAUUUUGAAUUUGAUGUAAAACCAGGGCAGAAAGUGAAAGUUGGUGAACGUUUAGGUGGUUUUUCUGAACUAGGUUAGACUGUAAUAGUGAGACUUGUGCACAGCCCAGCUGUAUAAUUACGAUCUUCCAAAUUACAGAAAGCAGGCUUGGUUAGUGCCUUAAAUGUUAUAAACAUUACAAACAAACAAACCUUGUGGGCCAUAUAUUCAGCUUAGUCUUAAAUUGAUAACUUAAAGACAUAAUUGCUCAACAUUUCUGAUUAGUACAUGUAGGAACUUUGGGAGAACUGAACUUUGCACUCCAUGAAUGUGAUAAAACAAGACCAAAAGACCAAUUAAGACUUUAUUUCUGAUUAUUUAUCUUGUUUUGGUUUAUACAUGUAUAUGUGUUUAGUUUUUUGGUUUCAAUCUAAUUAGCAGUUUGUAGCUCAACUAUUCAAAAAAUAUUGAGAACUAUUCCACUCACCUGUGUGCAACCUGCUUCCAUGUCACACUAUUAUUUAAGUUCAUAUCUCAGUAAGUAUUGCUUGUCUUGUUUGGAAAUUUUACACAAGGCUUCAUAGUCAUCAAACCUACUAAAAUAACCAAGUGGGUAACUCUUGAUAGAAGCAACUAUAAAUUAAAGACCUUUUUUCAACUAAGAAAAUUGCUAUCUCUUGGGCUAUAUCUCAGUAACAACUCUAUAUAUUGGAUUAAAAUUGCACACAGAGCUUCCUAGUCAUCAGAGCUACUGAAAUAAUCAAUUUAGACAGCUCUUCAUUCUGUACUUAAAAAGUUUCAUUAAAGCUUGCAUGCAACAGUCAAGCUGUAUUGUACAUAGAUUGGAUAGAAACUUCACACAAAACAUGUUUCUUAUCAAAUUACAUACAUACCCACCCAAGUCAGAGAACUUUUGUUUGAAAUUAAUUCAUAUUGUUUCCUUGUUUGACUUGGAAAAUUUGGUUGAAGUUUAGCAUGCAAGUUGUUAUCAUUGCUGUAAUAUAAUUCAAAUUUAUUUUAAAAAAAGAAUUAAUGAAUUGUUAUCUAAACAGUUACAUGAGUCUUCUUAGGUUAUGGACCUUGUUCCACCUGUAGAAUAGUCUAGUGCACUGUCUUGUGGACAUCGUUUGUUUUAUCUUAUGAUUCUUUGUAUCUGUAAAGCACAUAGAAUGUGUAUAUAUACAUGGAAAGAGUGCUAUAUACCAGAAAAUGUGGCAUAGAAGUGAUAAUAGUAAAACUAUUUAACAAUUAUGCAAAAAUUUGGUUUUAUAAGUUGUUCAGUUUUCUCAGAGUUCACACUGUUUGAUACUAAAAGCAGUUAAAACGUUUGGUGAAGAGGUUGCAAUUUAGUGAAAACAUUACUAAAUCCAUUAUUAUAGACAGAAAAGAGGAAGACAUUAGUAAAAUCUGUACCUGUGAACAGAGAAAAAAAUCUUAGUUUUGUGAAAACAUUGUAACAUCCAAACUUGUGAAAAGUGAAGAAGUCGCAAUUUUUUUCCAUACUUGUGUUUAGAAAGAGGUCUUAAUGUUGUGAGAACAUUUAAAAUCUGUACUUGUUGACAAAAAAGAAAGAGCAAAUAAAGAUGUAUUUAAAGUUUUUUGUUACCGAUGGUACAAAUUUUGACCCUGGUGAUUGAGGAAAGGGUUAUCAUUAUGCAUACUGGUUGGCAUGAUAAACUCAACAUGAAAUCACAGUUUUGGCAAUAUUUUACUUACUAUUUUUGUAAAUAUUUCCCAGUUCUUCACACAAAAACAAAGUUCAGCUUGUCCAUUUCUGGUGACACUAAUGAAGUUUUAUUUAGAAAAUGUACAAGUUUUAUUUUUAAAAAAAUUGUCAUAAAAGUCGAAAACUUUAGAAAAUAUCACUGGUAGUAUUUUAUUAGUUGCUUACAAUUUGAAGUAUCUUAUUCAGUUUAUUGACUUGCAAGGACAGUGUAGUUAUUGACAUGCAAACAAACAAUUCUCACACUGUUACACUGGAAAAAAAACAGUCAAUCACUUACUAAAUUUCUUAGCAAUUAAAUAUGACUGCCCUUGUUUAUAGUUGGAUGGCUGCUUGCCAACUUGGAGGCCUAUAUAUUAAAAACCCAUAGGUACCCUCACAUGACUGCUGCACAUGCGAGUCAGAAAUGGAAUUCCCUGGACUUUUUGACAGCAAUUUUCAUAAAAACAUUUAGAUUCAUCAUAAAAACACUCAUCAUUUACCAAAUUCCUCCAGAUGUUUAGCAGUUGUAGAAUUAGAGUGUUUCUGGUCAGUUGAAAAUUUCCUUGAAGAAAGAGAGUUUUAAUUUGAUUUAAUAACGAUGUGCCAAUAUUAUUUAUAUGUUGAUGUUAUCUCGCCAACCAGAAGUGUAAAUAUUAAUUGUUAGUUUUCAAGAUUGUGAUAUGGUAAAUUAUGUUACAGAAAAUACAGGAAUUAUGGUAAUAUAAGGGGUGUUCAAUGAAUACCUGGAAAAGUUUUCUCAUUUCUUCAUUUAUCAUGAAAAUACAUUAAUUCAAUAUGUGAUGUAGACAAAGGAAUAUGAAAUUGAUAUACGAAAAAAUCUUUCUUUGGACAAAUAUGUAAAAACUAGUUCCCAUGGCAAUGCCAUGAAGCUUUAUCCAACCUAGUUUUGUCUGUUUUCCUAGUUUGCAUUGAGAAACUUUACCUGCCCUUUUACUUAUUUUUCAAGCUAUGGUUUUCUUAUGCAGGUUAAUAAUUACAUUAAAAGCAUGGGUUACACCACUGGUGUCAGAUCAUAAAUGUAACACCAUUUAGAGUGUUUAGUGGGCAAUUUGUUUAGAUCAUUUUCUGAAAGUAAACAUUGAACAGACAUCAGCAAUAGUGGGUUGUGAUUUGAGUCAAAAUCUAGAAAAGUAUUAUUUUAGAAUAAUACGGUGAAGACAGCAACAUUUUUUCAUCGAUAUGGAAGAUCUAAAAGUGGCCAGCAGCAUAUUGCUGACAACUCUAAUACCAGACAACGAUAAUGCCCAAGUCAUGUGAACCCUUUGAUAACAAUCAGCCCAUCACAGUUCAGUAUCCUUUCUCACCAAUAACAAAGAAGUGGUUUAUGAAUAGCUUCUGUUCUUUUGUGAAAUGUGUAGGAAAUUCAUUAAAUAGCCAGAAAGAUUGAAUAACUUCAAAUUGCAAACUACAUUGGUUGAUUUUGUUGAUACUGUGUUGACAUAAGGAGGUUGGGCUGAGUUAGCCAUAAGAAAGUUGCCAUAGAAAUGAUAGAUUAGUUCCGUUAAUGUUUUGAAAUCUGUAAUUUAGUGAUUCACAAUCAGUGUGUCACAAUUUAUCAUACUUUGAAAUUACAGCAAAAUAAGUUCAGAAAUGAAGAUUUUAGAGCACUUUUCAUGAUACUUUUUGAAGGCUCCUUGUAUUUACAUUUUUUCUAACAUGCAAAGUGUGAAUGUCCGGAAGUGGGAAUAUGGGUUCAGCAAAAGUAAUUUAUCCAGAUGUUAUCAUCAUAACUUGACUAUCAAUAUCAUUAGCAGUUGACAGUUUUAGAGGGGGUAGAGAGGUAGUAGAGUUUCGCCCUGUUAGCCAGAGGUAUGCAAAAAUUUUGAUUUGCAAACUCUUAACCCAAGUGGCUUGUGGAUGUUGCAAAAUAGAACCAACAUAAAACUUGUCCUAUCUGCAGUAAAUAUAAUUACUAAGGUCCAUUCUGAACACUCAUUAUAGGAUUUAUGUUGUCUUUGUUUUUGGCGUUUCUUUCCUUUCUCCUCACUACCCCCAUUCGCGCCUUCCCCUUGCAUUUGCACUCCCUUGCUUUUGCUCCCAGUCUCCUUUCACUAAGAGUAAAUUAUCAUGCCUGCCAUAAUUAUGGCUGCAGGCCGUCCUUAGGUGGUGCCAGACUGUUGUUUUUUCCUGCUUGCAUGUGUGCGAGCAGCUUCUUUUUGUUGUUGGCCUCCUUUGUGAUGCAUGGCUCUAUGGCGGUGUUCAGGGUGCUCUGUGCUUCUGGGAAGUAUACCCUUACCUUUAUAUGCGUAAAUAUCACAAGUUCGACUGAAGCAUUGUAGACUUGUUGUUUAUUGCUAUAUGUUUGUCUGAAGUAUAUCAUUUAAGAAAUAAUUCAUAGCAAAACCAUGUUUAACACUAUUUAUACACGAUGGUUGGUUAUACGUCGAGUGCAAUUAUUUCAUAAGAACAUAGCCUGAGUGAAAUUAUUUUGUACGCUGCAUAAUCUUCUUAUAUUGUCUUCUCUAAGUUAUGAUUUUUUUCUUGCAGUUUCUUGUAUCUCAGUUUAGUUUUUAAGGGUCUCAAUACAAAUACUUGCUAACAACUCUUGUUUAUUUUGCCUUAGGUAGGCAGCGCUCUUGUUUAUUAGUUUAUGACAGUAUAGAAAACUGUUGACUGAUAUUGAUAUAUGGUGGAGGAUCAUGUUACACAUUGUGGUUUACUGUCAGUAAAAUACAUUCACAUUCA